GUGUUCGACCAUGAGGCCACAAACUCGCAUAUUUUCAAUUGCAUGGCCAAGCCCAUUGUGCACAAAGUGAUAUCAGGAAACAAUGGAACACUAAUUACAUACGGUGGCACAUCAUCAGGCAAAACCCAUACAAUGCUGGGCGAUGACCAGAACCCAGGGGUAAUAGAGCUGGCAACAAAGGAAAUAUUUGAGACGAUACGCAAAGACAAGCAACGCAGCUUUCUGCUGCGUCUUCAGUUCAUAGAAAUUAACAAUUAAUCAUAACCGAUCUGAUUAAAAAGCGGCAGACUGAAAUAAAGAUAAAGGA